AUGCAAUCCCUCGGCUGCGACGUCGCGGCCCUGAACACGGUCGACUUUUCCAACCACACCGGCUACGGGCAGUGGACGGGCACCCGCUCGACACCUGAGCAUAUCCUCGAUCUGUGGUCGGGGCUUAAGCAGUCGUUUUUGGAUGACUUUGAUAUGAUGCUCUCGGGGUAUGUACCUGGGGCGGAGGCGCUGGGGGCUGUGGGGAGGAUUGCGGAGGAACUCAAGUCCAGAGCGGAGGGGAGGUUCUUUUGGGUGCUGGACCCGGUGAUGGGGGAUAAUGGGAAUCUGUAUGUCGGAGGUGAUGUUGUCCCUGUGUACCGGGGCUUGGCGGGAAAGGCGGAUUUGUGUUUGCCUAAUCAGUUUGAGGCUGAGCUGCUAUCAGAGGUGAAAAUCACGGAUAUGCUCAGCUUGGGCAAGGCGAUUGAGGUCCUCCACUCCCGCUACGGCGUCCCACACAUCGUCAUAACCUCGCUCUCACUUCCCGACGACACAGACCCCGACACCCUAGGCAACAAAAAAACCCUCAGCGUUGUCGGGUCGUCAAUGACGAGUACAAAACAGCCCAGAGCGUUCAAGAUCUCCUUUCCAGCGAUUGAUUGCUACUUCUCCGGGACGGGGGACAUGUUUGCCGCGUUGAUGGUUGUGAGGAUGAGGGAGGCGGUUUGUGACGCUUCUACAUCGACGGAGCCGGGGUUAGAUACUAGAAGAAGCUGGUUGAGUGAGGAUGGGGUUGGUGCGUUGGAGUUGCCUUUGGCGAGGGCGGCGGAGAGGGUGUUGGCGAGUAUGCAUGAGGUGUUGGCCAAGACGGCGGAGGGGUUGGAGGGACGGUUGGAGGAGAUGGUUAGGGGGGUGAAAACAGGGGGGGUGAAUGGGAAUGGGAAUGGGAAUGGAAAUGGGAAGGGGGAGGGGGAGGGGGGGGUAGGGAAGAAGCAGAUGCAGGUGCUGAAGAGCAAGGCGGCCGAGCUGAAGCUGGUGAGGCAUUUGGAUAGUUUGAGGGGGCCGAAGGUGGUUUUUAGGGCGAGGAGGCUGUAA